AUGACUACGGGCAUUUAUCUACUAAUCUUAUUAACUUUUUUUUAUUUUUAUUUAAGUUUUCUCUUAUAUAAACUCUUAAUUAGAAACAGAAAAAUUUUGCCAAUAGCCUCCGCCAUAUUGACGGGGGAGAAGACUAGGAAUUUUUUGUUUAUCUUUUUAUUUUUCUGUCUCAUAAGCAGAAUCCUCUCUUUAAUCAUUUUGAUAUACCUAGAUAUACGCUAUAUUUCAAUUGAUUACAACACAUUGAUGUUGUUUCCAAAUUUUUACUUUUAUUUAAUUUUGCUCAAAACUAUUCCUACCUACUUUUUCUUGUCCUCCUUUACAAUUAUUAUACUGUUCUGGUCGCAGGUGUACUAUGCCUCUAUAUUGGUUUCUGCACCUCAUUUACAGUCGUUGUACUUUUGUAUGAAUAUCUCGGUAUAUGCAGUAAACGUAGUGGUAGCUGCUUUAUCUUAUUUUAUGAAGGCUUUUUAUAAUUAUAUUUAUUAUAACUAUAUUUUAGAAUCAGUAUUAGACUACAUAAUUGGAAUUGCUUUUCUCUAUUACGGAAUUAAGGUUACUGAAAAGUUGAAAGAGAAGGACAAAGGGAUUUCGAAAAAAAAUAGUAUCAUAAGAAGGGUAUUGUCUCUGGCAAUUGUUCUGUUCAUCAUUUUGUCUUUAAAAGGAUUAUAUUCUUUUUCGUGCUUCAUUAAGAAUGUUAAUCUUCUCAACUCGUACUUCGACGUACCUACAUACGACACAAUAAUAUACUUUAUUUCGGAAUGCAUCCCAUCGUUGCUCAUCAUUUACACCUUUCAGUCGAAUAAGGAGAAAGCCACGUUAAGCUUUGAAUACACCACCCCCCUGUGCUCAGAAACAUACGAUCCUUAUGAUUUAAAAUAUCAGAAAAAAAAGACAAGAAAAAAAACAAAUUAUUAA